AUGAAUAAUAUCAUCAAGAGCAACAAGAAGGCGAUGAAGAAGCAAGGCUCAACAGCAGCAGCAGCAGCGCAGGGUGCGCAGGGCGAAGGUGCGAGGUUUCUCGGCGUGAGGAGGAGGCCAUGGGGCAGAUAUGCAGCCGAGAUAAGAGACCCUUCGACGAAAGAGAGGCACUGGUUGGGAACAUUCGACACUGCCGAAGAAGCCGCCCUUGCAUACGACCGAGCCGCUCGGUCCAUGAGAGGCUCUCGUGCGCGGACCAACUUUGUCUACUCUGAUAUGCCUGCUGGCUCCGCCCUCACCACCAUUCUCUCCCCGGACGACCCCAAUACAAAUCUCAACUUCUCCUCCUCCGCUGCCAUCAACCACCACCACAACCACCACCAGCAACAGCAGCAGACGAAUAAUAAUAUCACCAUGGCUGACCACCAUGAUCGUCAUCAUCAACAACAACAACAACAACAGUUCUUGAUGAUGAAUAAUAUCAUGGCAGCUGAUAAGCAACUGGACUUGAUUAACAACAGCCAUAAUCAACAAUACUACGACUACUUCUCUUCUUCUUCUAAUUCUUCUCCACACGAACACUAUUUCCAUAGCUAUUACGAUCAGGAGAAGGAGAAAGAACAACCACCACCACCAGCAGCAGCAGCCAUAAUGUUCAGCAGUAGUAGUGAUAACAAUAACUACUACAACGGUAACUACUCGGCUGCGGCGGCGGCGGCGGCCUCGGCGGAGCUUCCACCAUUUCCAGAGUCUGAGAUUAUUAGCUAUUAUGAUCAUGAAGAUGAGCAGAGGCGUCAUAGUAUCAGUACUGCUAGUGCUAGUUCGUGUGGAUUCUUUGGGAAUAGUAAUCAUAAUAUUAUGGGAACGAAUGAGUUGUUGGAUUAUAACUAUUCGAACAACGAUUUGUAUGGAUCAAAUGCAACGCACAGUCCUUUGUUUAGCACUAUGCCGUCAGUCUCCGAUGCCGGACUUAUUCCUUCUCUCGACCCUUUUGACUUGGCUGCGGCGGCGGCUUCUUCCACUGCUUCUUCUUCAUCUUUUUUCUUCUGAUGAUAUCUCAAAACCAUUGCCAUUAUAUCUCCAUUAUUAGUAGUUUAAGUGUU